CAUAAUGUAAUAUGUAUUUUAAUACAUUCUUACCCAAAAAAAAUAUAUUUCCCUAAAAGAAUGUUCUGAAUUUGAAUUUGGUAGAUACAAAACUUGUUACAUUCAAUAAUGGAGUCAAACCGGUCAAAAUCCCUAAAAACACUCCAUCGGUCACGGCCAAAAUUUCCCCAAUUCUGAUUUCGUUCCCCCCCACUAUUUUUCCCCUCGAAAAAGUUCCAAAUAUAUAGAAAUCGAACUCCAAUUUUAGGGUUAAAAAAAAAAAAAAAAAAUGGAAUCGCCGAUCGUGUUGGGUGAAAAAGAGUGGCUGGCGUGCUGUGGGAGUGUCAGAUUCGCGCAAGAAAUGGCGUCUAUUACACCAUUUUCCAAUUACGAAGAAGCCCUCGAUGCUGCAAGAGAUAUCUGGUUCCACAAAGUGGAUGUGAAUGGAUGGCUAGAAGCGUUCGCUGCGCAUCCUCAGAUUGGUGAAAGUCCUUCGCAGACUCAUAAAAGCCCAACCAGUGCACAGUGGAGUAAGGGAGAGCAAUCUACUGCUUUAGCUACUGCUACCGACUCUACGUUACAGGAGCUAUAUGACUGGAACGUUCGUUAUAGGCAGAAGUUCGGGUUUGUCUUUCUCAUAUUUGCAUCGGGCAGAAGUACCCCAGAGAUACUUGCUGAGAUGAAGAAAAGAUAUCAUAAUAGACCUAUAGUUGAGUUCGAGCUUGCAGCGCAAGAACAAAUGAAAAUAACCGAAUUACGUCUCUCAAAGCUAUUUUCGGCUAACACCAAGGCCGCACAUACCGCAGAUAUGGUGACGAAAGCAGGAGAAGAUCGCGUUGGCGUUAUCGGAGGACAUUUGACUGCUGCAAAUGCAAAUGCAAAUGAAAUUCAAAAGCCACCUCAACCUUCCACAAGAACACGUCCACCAAUCACAACCCACAUCCUAGAUUUGGCUCGUGGGACCCCAGCUGCUGGCAUCGAAGUGCGUCUCGAGAAGUGGGGCCCCGUUGAAUCUCAGCCGUUGUUUGGUGGGUUCGAUUCUGCCAAUUGGAUUUCCGAGGGUUCUUCCGUUACGGACAGAGAUGGGAGGAGCGGUCAGUUGAUGAAAACGGUCGAUGCCCUGAAUCCAGGUGUGUAUCGAAUCAGUUUCAACACGGGAAUGUACAAUCCGGAGGGUUUUUUCCCUUACGUCUCGAUUGUGUUCAAAGUGAGGGAAUCACAGAAAUUGGAGCAUUUUCAUGUUCCGUUGUUGCUUUCUCCGUUUUCGUUUUCCACUUAUCGAGGGAGCUAGUUUGUGUGUAUGUGAAAUGUGGUUUUGCUAUAUUUUCCAUGGCGUGUGUGACAAUGGAGGAGGAUUUGUUAUUCAAAGAUUAUAUUUAUUUGUGAAAUAAGAGGGUUGUUUAUUAUCAAAAUUUAUUGAUAAUUUAUGGGGAGCUA